CGUGUUGUCGUUCCCGGCUACCUCCGUGGAAUCCUCUUCUUCAUUCCUCCCUCCCUCCACAAGUUCUCUCCCCCUCCCGACUCCCUUCGGGCGGGCGCGCGCGCGCUCGGACUGUUGAGCGCGAGGAGGAGGAGGAGGAGGAGGAGGAGGGCGCGCGCGCACGGGGCCUCCCUCUCCCCCUCCCUGGGCGAUGCCCCCCAAGAAACAGCCCGCGGCGGCGGCGGCGUCAGCAGCGGGGGGCAACAAGAAAGCCGACCAGAAGAAGAAGGAGAAGAUCAUCGAGGACAAAACCUUUGGUUUAAAGAACAAGAAGGGAGCAAAACAGCAAAAGUUUAUCAAGGCUGUGACUCACCAAGUUAAGUUUGGCCAACAAAAUCCUAGGCAGGCCGCUCAAGCAGAUGGGGACAAAAGAUUAAAGAAAGAUGACAAGAAGAAAGAAUUACAAGAGCUGAAUGAGCUUUUCAAACCUGUGGUUGCUGCACAGAAAAUAAGUAAAGGUGCUGAUCCAAAAUCAGUUGUCUGUGCUUUCUUCAAGCAAGGGCAGUGCACAAAAGGAGACAAAUGCAAAUUUUCACAUGACCUUACUUUGGAGAGAAAGUGUGAAAAGAGAAGUGUUUAUAUUGAUGCAAGAGAUGAAGAGCUUGAAAAAGACACAAUGGAUAACUGGGAUGAAAAGAAGCUGGAAGAAGUAGUAAACAAGAAACACGGUGAAGCAGAGAAGAAAAAACCCAAAACACAAAUAGUCUGCAAGUACUUCCUUGAUGCUAUUGAAAACAACAAGUAUGGAUGGUUUUGGGUUUGUCCUGGCGGAGGAGACAACUGUAUGUAUCGCCAUGCUCUCCCUCCUGGCUUUGUACUCAAAAAAGACAAAAAGAAGGAAGAAAAGGAAGAAGAAAUAUCUUUAGAAGAUCUAAUAGAAAAAGAGCGUGCUGCCUUAGGACCAAACGUUACUAAAAUUACUCUAGAGUCUUUUCUUGCAUGGAAGAAAAGGAAAAGACAAGAAAAGAUUAGCAAAGCUGAACAAGAUAUGGAAAGAAGAAAAGCAGAUUUUAAGGCUGGCAAAGCACUGGUGAUCAGUGGACGUGAAGUAUUUGAGUUUCGGCCCGAGUUGGUUGAUGCAGAUGAUGAAGAAGCUGAUGACACUCGUUAUAUUCAAGGAACAGGCGAAGAUGAGGUGGAUGAACUUGUUCGUGUAAAUGAUGUCGAUUUGAACCUGUAUGUUCCAAAAGCUGUAGAUGAAACUGGCAUUACUGUAGCUAGUCUGGAACGAUUUAGCACAUAUGCUUUGGCUGAAAAGGAUGAUAACAAGUUGAGUGAAGCUUCAGGUGGAGGACUGGAAAAUGGAGAGCAAAGUGACUUGGAAGCUGACAGUGAGAUAGAAGGCACCCAAGAAAAUGGAGUAAUUGACGCAGUACCAGUUGAUGAAAAUCUUUUUACUGGUGAAGACUUGGAAGAACUAGAAGAAGAACUAAACACACUUGAUUUAGAGGAAUGAACAAGCAGGUUCACAUGUGAAUUUAAUCUACUUGACAAAGUGAAUAUUGGCUCCGUCUGUUUACUCUAGAAUUCAUAAAUGGAGUGUUAUUCGUUUCUCAUGUGAUUCUGGAAAGAACAUGACCCAGAAAUACUUCCCCUCCCUUUUUUUUCUGAUGUCGUCUUAACCAGCUUCAUAAAAUGCCACCCGUAAUAGGACACUGAGAGGACUCUUAACAUUUAAUGACAUUGUUAUGAAUCUCCAACCAAAAGUAGGAAGUCUAAACUGCUUUUCCAUAAGGAGUGAAGGGGAACAUUGCUACCAGAUCCAUGACAAGGUCUAAAUGAAAGCUUUCAACAGGAUCGUAUUUGAAACAAAUAUGUUUGAGUGGUUUACAAUUGAGCUAUGUACUGUAAAAUCAAAAUGAUAACAGAUCAAAAUGCCUGUGCUCUUGCAGGUGCUGAAAUUGUUCAAGUAAUCUAAAGCAACCAAAUGCUUAAGGUAGAGUAUGUAUAGUAUGGGGCCCUGAAUCUAAACUUUAAACAUAAGCCACAAGGGUGUAAAUAAAGAUUAUCUGAUUGAAAAACA